CUUCAGACUGCCUGCAGAAGUCCUCCUUCAACCAUGGCAAGGAUGAGGAGCCUGUGUUUCUUGGCUGCUGUGCUUGCAGCCCUGGGCGGGUGCCGGGGCUCGGAGCAGGACGCGCAGUGCCCCGGCGCCAUCGCGGUGCAGAAGCGCAUUGACUGCCACCCGCAGCCCGGCGCUUCCCAGGAGGCCUGCGAGGCGCGGGGCUGCACCUGGUGCGCCAGCGAUGUGUCCAACGCUCCCUGGUGCUUCUUCCCCGAGAACAGUCCCUACGGCUACGCGCGCAGCGGGAACGCCGAGCAGACCGACAAGGGCUGGAGAGUCACGCUGAACAAGCGCCAGGCCUUGUCCCUCUUCGGAAGUGACAUUUCCCCGAUCGUCUUGGAAGUGGAGUUCCAGACCAAGGACAGACUCCGGUUCAGGCUCUACGACCCCAACGCGCAGCGGUUUGAAGUCCCACUCAAGAUCAGUGGCCCCGGGGUUACUGCUGAGGAAGCCAACUAUGAGGUGGAGUUCUCAGAUGAUUCCACACACUUCACGGUCAAGAGGAAAAGCACUGGCACCGUGCUGUGA